AUGAUGCUGUCGACGACAUCUGGGAUGCUUGCCGAACGUGGUGGUGUUGGCUUCACAUUGCAUCGGUCAGAGACAGUCGCCCAGUCCGCUGGGCAGUUGGAUCGCAAGAACUCUGCAGCAUCAUCGCGGGCUCGGGGACGAUCGUCAGGCUUUGCUUGCAAGCACAAUGUGGGCUACAAGCCCUUGGGCGCCCCGGUGACACCGGAAAGAGUCGUCGAGAUGCAGAACUCAUCCUUCGCCAACAUGGAAAAGAUCCAGCAGUCUGUUGGGCAGGAUGCCAGCUCACAUCAGGAGAAGAAAGACAAAGAGCGCACACGCCGCAAGGAACAAAAAGUGGAGCAAGCUCGAAGUCUGCCGGAUUCAAGAGAUUUCAAAGAUGAGGAGGCUGCCGCAGAAGGUUUGGAGGCCGACUCCACUGGGAUGCAAAGCCUUUCCCACCUUCCUCAUGCACUCUACGGGAAAGACUUGCCCCGUUGUGGACAAGCCCAUGAACGGCAAGAAAAAGAUGGCUUCAAGGAGUUGAAAGUACACAUAAGAAGCUCAUAUCGAAGGGUGGAGCUUGUGAGGAUUGAUGCAGAUGCUGCCUACGCGGCUAGGAGCGACAAUGCGAAGUUGGCGCUUGCAACCUCGAGACACUGGGCAGAUGAUGCUGGGAGUGUGUUCCUGACAUCCCUCGAGGCUCCUCAGUCGGCACGGGGGGCCCAUCGCCCAGAGCCCCAUCAGCCCCCUGGAGCUCUCUCAGCGAGAAGAGCAAAGCGGGCGACGUGGUUGCCAUCCCUGUCGGAAUACUUGGCGAAUGGUGCUGGGCUCCCGGCAUCUGGAGAGCGGGCAGAACUUGCGGACGUGGGAACAACCCACAAGAUCGCCUCAGAGCUUCUUCCCUUGCCAAAAGGCACACGGCCGAACUAUGGCAGCCUAUUUCUGCUUGACGAGGGCAAAGCUGGUUCCAAAGAUUUCAAGGACCGGUUGAAGGAGCACCGAAAACUCUGGGAAAAGGAUCUUGCUGGUGCAUGGAAGGAGAAGGCAUUUUACCAACGGUGCCAACCUUUUGUUGCACCAAAAGAUGCCGAGGAGAUGCGCCAGCGCUGCCACGGCAACGAUUACAUGCAGGCUGCCAUUGAGCGCCACGUGAAAGAUUUGGAACGCCACCUCAAAGACUCCGGCCUUGAAACGCCACGGGGAGCCAACGAUGAGCCGAAGGGCCUUAUACCGGCUAUAGCGAUCAAAGUGGAAGUCGAUGCAAAUGGUAUGCCGGGCCCAUCCGCACCUACAAGCCCAGCACAGGAUGCCACGCAGGACAAGCGUCGAGCUGGUGAUGCUGAUGACGAUCAGCGGACAAGUGAACCGGUGAAGCUCGUAGCUGCUCGCUCACGAACUCAUGCGAUUCAUCAGAAGGCCCUCGCUCAGCUGCGUGAGCCAGAUCGGCAGAAGAAUUCGCUGAUCCUUCGGCAACAACUGAAGGAAUACCAGGAGAAGCGUGACGAGGCACGCAAGACCUUGCAGGAGACUCUGGAAAGCCAAGCGGAGUCCAGGAUGGAGUCCCUCGAAGCCCCGAAGAGGAAGUCCUUGGUGUCUGACGUCGAGAGCAGUGAUGGCCAACAGCAUCAUUGGUACCGCUCACUUCUUGAACAAAUCCGGACAGAGCUGGCGACAGCAGAUGUUCCAAAGGCGAUGUACGUGUUGCUGGACUCGGUGAAGACAGUUCUAGACGAAGGAGAUGAAUUUGAAGCCGACGACUUCUGGCAGUGCAUCUCUCAGCUGCGGGCUGACGAUGUGACUUUUGCCAUGGCGUCCCUGCUAGGAUCAGUAAUUCAUGGCGUGGGUGGUUUGACUGGCCCUUCAGUGGUGCGAGCUCUACAGCAGCAGUGUGGCAACUUGAAUCCGGGGGUAGCCGCCGAGCGCGGCGUCCUGGAACGCAUGGCUGAAGCCAAUUCUCUGGAGGUCGCCGUCGCCGAAGCCAAAGCUAAGCUGCGGAUGCUGACCCAGGAGGGCGACAGCCAGAAGAAGCUGCUUGAAGCCGAGGAGCUUCGAACCUUGCGGCUGCAGGAUGGCCAACGGCAGCUCAUGGACGAGCUGGAUUUCGUGUACCUCAAGCAGAGACAUGCGCAGCUGGAGCUGGACUUGAGUUCAAACGCAUAUACCAUCCCGGAAGUAACCAAUCAGUGA